AUGGCCGAAAGACGCUUGCGAAAGGAACUGAAUGAACUGUAUAAGCUGCAGCCGAGCAAUUGUUGCGCCUGGCCCGUGACCGGGGAUCUGAUGCUAUGGGAGGCGACCAUUUUGGGCGUAAGGGACUCGCCCUAUUAUCUGGGCGUAUUCUCGUUGCGGCUGAAGUUCAACAGAAACUAUCCGUUUAUGGCGCCGCGCGUGAACUUCCUAACCAAAAUCUAUCACUGCAAUAUUGACUUCGAUGGCUACAUCUGCUGGGAUCUGUUGAGCACCAAGUGGACCGCCUUGAUUAAUGUGUCCACAAUUCUACAUGCUGUCUGCGCCCUGAUGCGCGAACCCAACGCAGAUGAUCCGUGCGACGAGCUGAUGGCCGCACUCUAUCGCGACAAUCGCCAGGAGUACAACAACAAUGCGAUUGACUGGACGCUCCGCUAUGCCAUUGCUCCAAGCGUGACGCUGCCGCCGCUGCAGCUGCAGUGCCAGCCGGUAAUCGACUUUGAUGGCCAGCAGAGACAGUACAUGGAACUUAAUGAGUUGCCGCACAUUCUGCUCCUGCUGCCGCAACGCCUUGGGGGAUGCACAUAA